AGGGGGGCACUCCUGAUGACGUGUCCGGCAUUGACGCCGUGUGCUUCCCGGUCAUCUUCCCAGCUGAGCCCCGCUGCGGUGAUUCUUCCUCUCCGGAACCAGAACCAGAUGGAGCCUCGCUCGGUGCUUCAGCCGCUGCUGCUCCUCCUGCUUCUAGACGCCGCGGCGGCGUCACGGAGCGGGCUGAACGGACCCAAAGUCACCGACAAGGUGUUUUUUGACAUCACCGUGGCGGGUCACGAGGUGGGCCGCAUCGUCAUCGGUCUCUUCGGGGAGGUGGUCCCCCUCACCGUCAAUAACUUUGUUGCCCUGGCUACCGGAGAGAAAGGCUACGGCUACAAAGGCACAAAAUUCCAUCGCGUGAUCAAAGACUUUAUGAUCCAAGGAGGUGACUUCACCGCAGGAGACGGGACUGGAGGUCACAGUAUCUACGGGACGACAUUUCCGGAUGAAAACUUUAAAUUGAAACACAGCUCAGCUGGAUGGGUCAGUAUGGCCAAUGCCGGCGCUGACACCAACGGCUCGCAGUUCUUCAUUCUGGCCACCAGAGCGCCGUGGCUGGAUGGGAAACACGUGGUUUUUGGAAAAGUCUUGGACGGCAUGUCUGUGGUGCACACCGUCGAGCUACAAGACACCAACGAAAGAAACCUGCCGUACGCCGAGUGCGUCGUGGUCAACAGCGGACGCAUCGCCGUCAAAGAACCUUUUAUCGUUGACGUAGACGGAUGGUAGGCCGUCGAAGGACGCGUUACUUGUGAAAAGAAUCUUAAAAAUGGAGGGAUUUGUCUAUUCUUUGUGAACAAGCCAGCAACUGUUUUGUUAUUCGCGGUGACUUCUUUUUUGAAACACAAGAUAUAUAAUGGAGAUAUUUUGACAUGAAAUGAAAAGCGCCCAUUUAUUUUAUUUGUCUGCUAGCUCGCUCGCUAACCCUUUAUCAUAUUCAUUCAUUCAUUGAGAUGAGUGUGGAUGCACAAAAUUUCCAUUUAAAGGUCAAUAUUUUUUGAAUAAUGUUUCAUUGGUGCUAACGUGAUGACAAACGGCUGCGAGUGCUGUCUUUGUUAUGCAAUUGCAAUGCCAUUUUUGAAAAAGAAUGAAAUGUUAUGAAAAUAUAUGCAAACUGUAGCAACCCAAGAAAAAAAUCAUAUCACAUGGACUGUUUACUUGAAAUCAUGCCAUGUCACUGUGCUCCUUUUUCAACCACUAGCAAACUGAACAAGAUGUCAUCAAUGUUGUGUUCUAACAGUAGCACUACAGUUAUUAUCAAUGUUAUUGUUGUUUCCAAUAAACAUGAACGAACAAUUUGCCUGUUUCUUUU